AUGUUUCGCUUUCAUCAACCUAACAUUAUCAGCUGAUACUAGGAAAACGAAGCAGAUUUGCAGCAGGAAAAGGUGCGACUGCAAUGAUUCGUUCAGAAAUGUGCGGUGAUUGCCGUCGCGAGUGCUGUGAACUAAAAUUAUUGUGAGUUUCGCCACUAUAUUCAUUACUGACACGAGAUGGAAGUGACGAUGGAAAAGCCCCGGGCAAAGACCCGUAAAAAACGUGAUAAAGAAAGAUCGAAUUUAAUUAAUACAAAUAACACAUCUGUUGAGGGGGUUGCCGGAACUUCUUCUAUUCGAGAAAAUGUUGUAAAUCCCCAAUCUGAUGAAAUAAGUGACACAAAGGAAAUACAAAAUGAUUUACAAGAUUCCAAACCUUCCGAAGAAAUUCUUGAGGAGUCUAACGCGUCAGAACUUUCAAAAAUAACAGAAGUCACAGAAAAGACUUCGGAAAUUUCCCUACAAAGCGAAGAAAUCGAGACAGAAAAAAUGGCGGAGUCGGCUCCACCAGCGGAGGUACCAGAGGCCGCCAUCUUGCCAUUACAAACCACAAAAAGCGAAUCAACGCAAUCUGUAUUGCAACAAACACCGCGUGAGAAACACCAGCAAGAGAUCACAUUUCAACAGUUGAAUCAUCAGUUUGAGCGAGAGAAACAUCUCAUGUUGAAGCAACUCGAAGCCGCCGAGAAGGCACACACGCAAGAGAAUCGCGUGCGAUUGCGUGCGUUUACCGAAAGUCAGCUCGGAGCAUUGUACGCCAACGGCGAACUCAAAAUGCUCGAAUCGUUUGUUGCAGAUUUCGUCGCUGCAGAACUGAAGGGCACCGCAUUGAAGCAGCAUCCAUUAUACGAACUAUUAGUCACCUAUUUACAAGCGCGUAAAAAUGUCAAAAUGUCCGCGAAUGAAGUGGAAGAACUACGACGCAACUGCGACGCGUUACAAAAGGAACUUUGGAAGGUGGAGAACGUGGUCGUACGCAAACAGGGCAUUUGUUCAGACGAUAACACUGUGUACGCUAGUUAUAGCCACAACUUCGCCACAUUUAAUCACAACACUUUUAAGCGUGUAAAUCGAGAUAAAAACAAAAUUCAGGAGACGAUCAGUCAGAAUUAUGCGUUCUAUAGCUACAUGGUACAGGUUUCUAAACUACAGAUAGAAUGUUUUAUUCAAAACGUCAUUAAUUCUGUGAUAUCCGUGACGCAUCUAAGACCAAAUACGGAUGUAACACUCCUAAUGCAGAACCUGCCUGCGCAAGUGCAGCCAUUCAUCAGCGAUCUGCGUCUGUGCGUCUCGAUUCUCUUUCAGUUUCAGCGUAAAUACAUCGCGGAUCCAGAGUUUGUCAAAGAGGCACGCACAUGGCUGGAUCAACUCGUUGCUGUUUUAUUGCGAUUCUCUACGUGGCAGGACCACUUGUUUCUGUUGAAUCACAUCUUAAGAUGUCCGCCAGGUGUCGCCACAUGGGCGUCACACUUUAUUCAGUUACCGAUUGAUGACAAAUGCGAGUCGCCAUUUGCAAAUUAUGAAGUUAACCAUGUUCUCACUCUAUUGGGGAAUAUUUUAUUACCAAUUGAUAAAAGAGAACUGUUUCUUGAAGAACUUUCUCAACAGCCUGAUGUCGUUGAAGCGCUUUGGGUUGUGGUUGAUUCCGAUGGAGAGGAAGACGAUGAAACUGCGGGGACUGCUCUCAAGGAAAAUGAUCUUGUUAGCAUGCUUAAUCAACUACCAUUGGAAAAGUUUUUCAAGAAAAUUCUACGGUUUGAUGAGCGGAAUGUUGAAGGCAUUCUUACACAGAAUCAUAUUCUUCAACUUUUCUCAUUCCUUACAGUUGUUUUAAAAACCUUACAAAAUGGCCUCACUACUUAUAACCAAGUGAGGUAUUUGCAACUUUGUAAGAGAUUGAGUAGAUUUAUAAGACAUGUCGUGCAAUAUGCUACUGAUCAACUGGAAAUAUUCUUUGCGAGUUCUGAAGCGCGUUUUUCCACUAUGUCAGAACGUUUACAAGUGGAAUAUGAUGCGUUAUUCUUACGUGCUUUUUAUUACCUCUACGUGUCUGAAAAGUUAGGCGCUUGGCAGUUUCUUGCUGUUUUGCCUUUCGACGCCAUUACGAAUUCUACUCUGUGGAAGAUUUUUUAUUUUCUGCAUGAUUUUGACAAUACUUCCAAUUCAUUACUCGAGUCUACCGAUAGUUUUAACUACCAAUCAAAAAUCUGGACGCCAUCAUUCCGCAUGCCUUUUGAGGAGCAUCUCAGCAAUAUGGCGGAAGAUGAGUGUUAUUACUUGUUGAGUACAAUUGCUAACAUGGCGCUGAAUCGUAAACAUGACGAAAUGGAGUUCAUCAAAUGUGCUACACUUGAUAUUUUACAUAUUGGUUUCGUGAGCGAAGCCACUCAAGAAUCCUGCUCGAAGAACUCACGCAUACUUUUAACACAUAUCACAUCCAAAUAUCCAAGUCUCUUGUCUGAUGUCUUUAAAACUGUGCAUGAAAAUAUCGCAAGAGUUGGUAAACUCGCGUUGUAUUUGUACGAAGAAUUACCUAUUUCUGUAUGGCAAAUCAGCGAUGAAGAUCUUUCUUGUAUAGAAAAUUGGUUGUUACACAAAGCACCAACCACGAAUGAAAGUAAACUAUCAAGAAUGAUUAUUUCUCGAUUGAAUUGGGAUCUUACAUAUACCGAAAACGACAGUCAGUUGUUUUUGCCCUAUGAAGUGCACUGCAAGAUGGCGUCUCUUAUAGUCAAAGCUACCGAUAUUGACCCGUCUUAUUUAAACUGGGCUUGGCAAACAGCGGUUCGACUGAGAUUACACAUGACAGACAAAGGAGUGAAGAGUUUCAAUCAAGUCAGAGAUAUUGAUUUUUAUGUUAUUAUUGAUAAAGGAGUUAGGGACCAGCAACCAUUGGCCGCUUUCAUAUCAGUGUUAAUAUCUUCAUGGGGACAUUUAAUUCCAUUAAUUUGCACAAAAGGAUUCGAUCAACUUCUAUUUCUGCAGUUGCAUCAAAAGCACGAAGCGGUUUUGUUUGCGCUUAAUUUGAUUGUACCGUUGUUUUUGAACUGUCAGGAAAAUGUGAUCAAUCUUGACCGGUUUCAAAUGGUACUCAUGGGAUUAUUAAACGCGGACAGGACUUAUAUCAACAUGGCUAAGAGUCUUGUAGUAAGCCAGAACACUAUUCUAGAACAGUUUGGUAAUAUGAUAAUUGCUCAGAUUGCAAACUAUAAAUUAUAUGGUCUUGAUACACCGCGAUGUGUUGUACGACUUUGGAUUGACUCAUUGGUAUCAGUCACAAAUUGGAACCGAGAUCAUGGCGUGAUGUACUUAUUGGAUGUGAUUAUACAAUCAGCUUUUUCUUAUAAAGAUUCGAUGGAGGUGAUUUAUAACACUUUACGGGAUCUUCUACAGGCGUCAACACCACAGGAAUCUUCUAAUUCUCUAUCGUCGCUUUUCAAAUGGGCGGCCGCAGGGUCCAAUCAAAGUAAUCUCCUUAUCAACACAUCGUUGUCAAGUUAUCCAUACCUAGCAGUGGUAAUGAUUGAUUUGGAGCAUGAGGAACGCGAAAAGUCAACAAAUCUCUGGACAGAGAUACUGCAAACUUUAUACGCGCAAAAAGGGAAGGUUAAUGUUGAUGCGGCCAUUAAAAAAGCAGCUAAUAAAUUGAAACUGCCUGCGUUUGCGUCAGGUUCACUUUGUUUGUUCCGAUGGGCGCAGCAAGCAUUAGACACACCUGUAGAUCAUCCGAUUGCAGUGUUAUUCUGGCAGAAAUUUUUCUGUUUGUAUCUCUAUCAUGUACGCAUCCCGCCUAAUCAAACCGUCUGCGUGGGGGAGAAGUUUUUUGAAGGUGUGAUAAAUUUUAACUUCCUCAAACGCAUGAAGAAAAAAUUACAAGAAACUGUUGAAUAUUACACUGGACAAACAACCGAUGCUGAUUUCAAACAUCAUGAUCCAAAGACGCAGUUGUAUUUAAUGUCGACAAUGAAGACUUUUAACGCAUUCUGUUUAUGGUUGGAAGAACCACGUUUACAGGAGCCAACUUUAUAUGUUCAAGGAUUACCGCCGCAAUAUGAACCCCCCUUGUUGAAUAUGGUGUUUCAAUGCACGAAUGAAUUAUGGAUGGAAUAUGUGAACUAUAAUGCUAUUCAAGAAGCGCGAUUAAAUUGUAUUAAAACGUGGAAUCAAGCGAAUUAUCGCGAGAAGAAGAAUAUUAAUAAACCACGAAGUGUUAGCUUAAGCGCAGAAGCGACAAAUCCAUGGGAACGGAUUAAACAUCGCCUUAAAUCUUACGAUACACCAAAACCAGCGUCUGAUGUGAUAUUAAAAGAUCCUUUAUUGCCACCAUUGGAUAUUAAUGAUAAAAAGACUCUCUCCCGAAUAGUUAGUGAACAAUUGGACAAACUUACAGCGUGUGCACAUAAUUUUUAUAUUGAAUCUUCGACACAUACAGCGAUGAAUCGUGAAUAUGAAAAUCUCAUUAUUAAGUUGUAUAUUUCCAAGUCAACUUCCAAAGUUCUAACUGCAUAUUGCACUAAGAACAACAGUGUGCAAUGUUCAGGACCAGCAAAAAUUGCGAUUAGCACGGUGGAGUCGAAGAUUAACGAAACUGUGGCUAGUCGAUUGGAUGAGUUUAAUGCAGGGUUUGACGCUUUUGUCACUGGGAGAUUGCAAGCCGCUCCCGUGAAUUUGUGUUACUCAUCUGUGUUUCUACAACAUAUAAUUGGUCUGCUAGAAAACCAAAAACUUUACAAGCGUGAAUCAAACCAAUAUGGCGUCGAUUUCUUCUAUCAUGUCCUAUCGUUGAUUAACGAAGAAACUUCUAAUUUUUAUCCGACCAAAAAACUCUUCACUGAAUGUUUGGAACGUCUGGGACAGUCUCACAUUCAUGGUGAAGAAGAAGAAACGCCUAAACUUCUUGAUAAAAUAUUACAUGACCCUAACAUGGGCACUUAUCUUGCCCCACAUUUUUCGCCGGUACAUGUAGGUACCGCUAAUUUUAUUAUGAUGUACUCGAUGAUCACCAAAGGACUUCGGGAGAAUCCCGAUUUGUUAUAUUCGUUAAUUUCAAAGUUCGACGUUAAUAAGUGGUUGCAAAACAACAAUCCAAAACUAAGCCAAAGAUCACAAUUUAUUGAACUGGUUAUCAAAGCCCUGGUUGAAAUGGGACCUGAACCGAAAGUAGAGAAGCAUCCUCUACAUGAAUUAUACAGGAAACACUUGGUACACAUUUUUCAAUAUCAGUUCCCCGAACAUUACGGGGAGAUUUUAAUGCACGUCUUGAAAGGUAGCACCGGCGCAGUAUCCGAUUGUAUUACUGUAAGUGUAUGGUUGGACAUUCUGAGCACUCUUGCGUAUCCUCAGCAGAUUAAAUUAACUACGCAUAUGCGUGAUCAGUUGAGGUAUUACGCACAGAAUCAGAACGUGCUAAGUUAUCAAGUACUGAUGGACACAACGCGAAUGCUCGCGCAGCAUUACACUGCCGAACGUUUACAGUAUGGUUUGUAUGGAUUAUAUCCGAAGACAAGCAAUUAUGUCGAGGUGAUAUCUUUGUUUCUUGGCAUGACUGGACAUAGUUUUGUUAUUAGUGCCUUGAAUACACACCAGGGAGUUUUAGGUGAAAAGGUUUGUGAAAUAAUUUGGCCAUUUUUGCGUGACAUGUUUGCCCCUUGGAUUCUUCCUUACUGGGCGAACAAUAUGAAGGACAUGGCGACGUGGAUUCAACAAUUGACUGACGAUCGUGCCGUAAUUUUGCCGUGGAUUCCAGCAAACGCACCUUAUGCCCAAAAAAUGGUUAAUAUGUUCUUUGAAUGUAUUUUGUUCAUCAUUCAAACACUCCCAGCAUGUAAUAACAUUAUGAGUUUCUUUUGGAACUGGUAUGUUACAAACUUUGCGCAUCCUGCUGUUAAGGAUCAUGUAUUCAACGUAAUACACCAGGCGUUUAUACCACUGCCGUGGGCCAAGUUUUGGCCGACUGUGCAGGAUGUUGAAAUGAUGCUUAAAGUCGCCGAGCAAUACCUACCCGAGUCACAUACGUUCCUGGGACAUAUUUUCAUGGAGAUACAAUGGCAUUCUUGGGUGUUUCAUCUGGGAAAGAACGCCACUCAGCCGGUGAAGACAAGAAUACACCAUUGUUUACUUAGUUUGAUCAUUAAACUCUGUAAUGAGCCGAAUGUGCGUCGGAACUGCGCCAGUAAAGCGAUCAACUUGUUGAAUCAAGCCGAACACUAUGAAUGGCAACUGCUCGAACCGCAAUCGGUGCAGCAGGCGAUGGAUUGGUACAUUAUGAGCUGUGAUCCCAUUGUAAUACUUAAGACUGAUCCUGCCAAUUUGGACGUAAGAGUUUUAAACUUCAUAAGUAUUGUUUGCUGUUAUAAUCAACCAUACGAAGGCAGCGAUGUAAACAUCCUUCUGAAACGGCACAUAUUCGUAAAAACGUUCGUUAAAUUAGUAUCGGUGUUUAUCAGCAAACAUAAAAAUGUUAUACAUAAUAAGGAAAAGGAUUUAGUUGCUCUCUUUGCUUCGCAAUUAACGCACCUCGAGAAUGUGGCGAGAACACAGCAAGAAGUAAACGUUCUGCUCGGGGAAUUACUAGUCGUGGUAAACCAAAAUGGCGUCAAAGAUGGCGUCCUUAAGUAUUUCGUGCAAUGGCUUAGCGAUAAGGAAGGUAACGGAAUGAUGGUGAAAGCCAUUCUACAAUCGACUGGAAACUACGUGAGUGAUAUUUCUACAGUUGGCAUGUUGUAUGAAACAGCUAUAACGACAUAUUUUAUUAAAAAUGUGAAUGACUUGGAAAAUGUCUCGUGGAAAACAAUAGCGGGAGAAUUAAAACCCUACAUUAUAAAAUACAAUUCUCUGGUGUCAUCGCUAAUAGAAAAUGGUAACUUUUUAAGCCUCCAUGCUCUGUUAUUAAACAAAAUGGCCACUUCUGAAGAUAAACCCGCUUUGUUGAAUCUUUGCCUCACAUGGUUCAAUGACAUUAAAGUGAACGAUACGAACGAAUUUAAAUUGCCUUUGCUAUGGAAUGACUUCCUCUCAAUUGUUACGGACUACAUUCAGAAAGACGAAGCAACUGCCGGUGAAUUCCUAUACAAGUUCGCCCAACAUCUGUGUCAACUAUCCGAUCAGAAGGAGAAUGCAAAGUGGGGAGGCCUUCUCGGUGCUAUCGGAAUCGGCAAGCAAGCACCUGAUAAUCUAAACUUUCGUUUUAUUUGUCGUGCACUCGGAGGAUAUGUAAUGUCGCAACUCCCUGAAGCUAAAGGGAAUCCACAACGUUUAAGAACUGCUGAUUCUUCUCCAUGUGCUGUAGGCCAACCAGGCGGUAACACGGAAGUGUGCAAGAUCUUGAUGAAGAUGGAUUUUGGUCAGAACCAGGGUAAAAUUAAGGAAUGUGCUGAAAAGGCCUUGAAGCAAAUUCAGGACCCUAAAAAUUCGUUCCACAACGUGAACGCAUUCUUGCGAAGAAAUCUAACACUUGAGUUUUCAUUUUUCAAAGAAUAAUUUGUUGUUUUUAUAUGGAAUAUAAAAUUUUAAAUUCAACACAA